AUGGUGUGGUGCCAUUGGAGGCGGAGUUGUUGUAGAGCAACCCAUUGGAGGCUGUAUCCAAAUGGAGGAGGUCCAAUUGUUUUGUCCCUUCUUCAGUCUUAUAGGGACCACUGUGUUGGUCAUGUUUGGAUACGUUGGGAGUGCCCAAAGUUGAAGCUUGUAAACCACAAUGCCCAAGCAUUAACGUCCCCUACUCAUUUGCAAGUUAAGGCUUAUGUGGAGUGGUCAAGAUUAUCUGCUCUUGCUACGACAUGGUAUCCUAUUGAAAAUAGGAGCUUGGUGAAUGCCUUUUUUGAGAGGUGGCACCAGGAGACGUCUUCCUUCCACUUUCCUGUUAGAGAGAUGAACAUCACUUUGGAUAAUGUGUCUUGUUUAUUGCACUUGCUUGUGACAUGCAGGGCCAUUGAUCAUGUCCUCUCACUCUUUGACAGAGAGGCGAUGAAGAUCCUGUUGAUGACUCAUCUGGGUAUUCCAACAGAGACAAAAGUUGCAGCAGCGACACACGCAGGUGCCAGGGUGAGGUUGAUGUGA